AUGUUUAGCCGACUUGCCCGGCCCGGCGCUCUGCGCGCGGCUUCUGUCCAGACACCUAUCUCCGCCCUCUCACGCUUCCAGAUCCGUGGACUCCACCGCGUGCCUCAAUUGCAGAAUGACAAAUAUUACAAGGAGAACGGUGUUCCGGACUUCAUGUCUCCGGAGGGUUUCGACUUCGCCUGGACCCAAUACCAGACCCUCCUCGUGGACAAACUCAACCUGUUGACACAAGACACCGUUGACGCGGAUGCCAAGCCUGGAGAGUUGCUGGUCAAGUACUCCAAGCGCGCGGAGAUGGCCUCGGUCUUCAACUAUGCCUCCAUGGCUCACAACAACCACUUCUUCUUCAACUGCCUGUCUCCGCAAACCACCGAGAUCCCCGAGCAGUUCACCCGGGACAUCGUCGACACUUGCUCAUCCGUCGAGUCCCUGAAGCUCGACUUCCUGGCCACCGCCAACGCUAUGUUCGGCCCCGGUUUCGUCUGGCUCGCCAAGAACCUCGAGCGCGAAGGAAUGAUGCAGAUCUUCUGCACUUACAACGCCGGCUCCCCUUACCCGGCUGCCUACUCCCGCCGGCAACCCGCUGACUUGGCCACCCACUCCUCGGAAACCCAGCUGGGCAACCAGUACGCCGGUAAGAUGGGUGCCAAUGCCCAGAACCAGAAGUCCCUGGCCCCCGGUGGCAUGGAUCUGCAGCCCAUUCUGUGCGUGAACACCUGGGAGCACGCCUGGAUGAUGGACUACGGUAUUGCCGGCAAGGCGGAGUACCUCGAGCGCUGGUGGAAUCGCAUUAACUGGGACGUUGUGUUCGACAACUACAAUGCCGUCAGCUCCAUGCGAUCCAAAUCCUCAUUGAUCCACAACCGUCGGAGUCUGAGCAUGUCCUGA